CAACAUCAUCGCACGCUCCUCAACUGGCCGCAAUACGUGCAACACAACGCGUUCGCUCACACGCGUAAUUCUUCAACAUUCACACAAUCGAUAGCCGACACCAUGCCAGUCGCUCGGAAACGCGAAAAUCGCGAGAAUCAAUUCUACAAUGUUGGUGAACAGGGGAGGAAAACCGGCAUUCGACUCGAAGAUACAGGAGUACGAGAUGAAUAUGGCAUGGAACCGAUAUCUGGAAUUUUCUCUUCGCCGGAAAAAUCCCCUGCAAAGCGCGACACCUUCAGCGGCAAUGCCACGGUCAUCGAGUCUGAAUCGAUGGAUAUAGAUGAGAGCGAAGUUCCAAACCUCACACCCGGCCGUUUCCUACAUCGCAGUCGUCCGAAUCUCCCUCCGCCAAAGUCGCGCUCACCCAUUAAAACUUCACUUGGAUCCUCGCCGCGCAGGCAGUCAUCAAUGGGCCCGCGGACAAUUCUCAGAUCUAGCGCAGAUAGUUCGGACCGAGCAACAUCACAUCCAGCCGUUAGCCGUCGGCUAAGCUUCAGUCAAGACGAGGCAAGUCUCCAGGAAACUCCAGCAUUAAGCGGCUCCGGUACACGCCGUGGAGCAGCUCGCUCAAGCAUCUACGAUUUGGAAGAAUCGCCAUCGCGGGAUCAUAAUUCCCUAGUGGACGAGAGCGUCGUGCAGGCAGAAAUCACUGAAAUUGCGGGAGACGAAGAGUCGGAAUUGUUAAACGAGAUUGCGGAAGAGAGCUUCGCUGGCGCUGUUGGAUAUGAUACUUUGGCGGGGGCAGAUGACUUGGAAGAUGAGGACGUAUCAGGCGAUGUAGAAGAGUCUGAAGUCAUGGAAGAAUCUGUGGAAGAGCCUUUCGAAGAGGCUUUGGAGGAACCCGUUGAAGAGCCCGUGGAAGAACCCGAAGAAGAGGUUGUUGUCAAACAGCCUGCAAAAAGAGGAAGGAAACGCAAAAGCGAUGUUAUGGCAAAUAGCGAACCGAAAGAAGUGGCCUCAUCAAGAACUAAGAGACGGGGUCCAGCUGCUGAAGAACAACCAACGACAACACAAAAAGGCAAAAAGUCCGCAAAGGCAUCGCCACCUGCGGCAGAGCGUCGCCGUUCCAAUCGAAUUUCCGAGGCUACCGAGCAAGAAGAUAGUAGUAUUCUUCCUGCUGCGAACGAUGAGUCAAUGCAGCUUGAAGAGGCACCGGUAGCUCCUAAAAGGAGAGGACGGCCACCUAAAGCCACUACAUCAGCAGCAGCUACCACAACAGCCUCAAAGAAGAAAGAUGAAGAGAAAGUGAAUGACGAGGCCGUGUUCAAGAAACCGAAGGCAGUGGCUAGGGGAAGGCCAAAGGCAACUUCAAAACCGAAUGAAACGACCGUGAAUGCUCUGGAGUCUGCCCCUGGCAGACUUGUGGAUGCUCUUGGAAACCCGCUAUCCGAAGAAGAGGUUGACCGGAUCUCCAUGACAUCUACUGCUUCAAGAUAUGGACGAGGCCGCUCGCUCUCGGUAUUCCGCUCGUUGAAUCCAGACCAGGCUGCUUCGAAAGGCAGAACUGGUCGGCACCGCCUCCAGCCUGUUAACUUUUGGCUCAACGAGCAUGCCUCUUAUGACCGCGACGGCAAUUUGCAAUCUAUUAUGCGAAACGAAACAAAAGAGUUGCCUAAAGAAAAGCGAGCUACUCGAGGCCGCAAAGGUAGCAAACGCACUCUCGCGGCUGUUGAGGAAGAGGAAGAAGAUCUCGAGGGGUGGGAGCAAGAUGAAGGUGUUCUCCUCGGAAUCUACAAGGACUUUGACACCACUGCCGAGGUCACACUUCAAGACCAGAUUGAAGAGCCUAUCGCCUGGGCACAGAAUGGUAUCAAGCCGGUCGAAGUACCGGGAGCAGAAUUCAAGUUUACCAAGUUGGCAUCUGCCGGCACGUCUUCUUUCUUUAGCUGGGGAUAUCUUGCUCUUGACAAGGAUGGCCAUAAACGGUCCAAAAAUUCGAGACGAAUGCAUAUGGUGUUCCAUGUCACCAAAGGCAAAGUUGAAGUCCAAGUCGACGACAAUGAAUUCACAAUCAAUAAAGGAGGCCUAUGGCAAGUCCCUCGAGGUAAGUCUAUACAUAUUUUUUUUACCCUCCUUUGGGGAUUUCUUCCAAAGUUGUCUUGACAGUCUGCAUUGAACUGUACACAUCGCUCAAAGCGGGGACUACUUCAUGCUUUCACGUUUCGAUCGUAAGCAUGUCGUUCACAA